GUUUGUUCUCUCUACUCUCAUAUAUAUAUAUAUGAGUGUGCUUCUUGUGGUUUGAGUUGACAUUGGAAGUGGUAAAACAGAUGUCAGGGAAGAUAACUUACUGUGGUCAUGAGUUCCGAGAGUUUGUUCCUCAAAAGACAUGUGCAUACAUUAGUCAACAUGACCUUCACUUUGGAGAAAUGACUGUAAGAGAGACACUGGAUUUUUCUGGACGCUGUCUAGGUGUUGGGACACGGUACCAGCUGCUCACUGAGCUCUCAAGGAGGGAGAGAGAAGCUGGUAUAAAGCCAGACCCUGAAAUUGAUGCAUUCAUGAAAUCUAUUGCUAUAUCAGGACAAGAAACUAGUUUGGUUACUGAUUAUGUACUUAAGAUACUUGGUCUUGACAUUUGUGCUGACAUACUCGUUGGUGAUGUGAUGAGACGAGGUGUUUCUGGUGGACAAAAGAAGCGUCUAACAACAGGAGAAAUGUUGGUAGGACCAGCAACAGCUCUUUUCAUGGAUGAAAUCUCAACAGGGUUGGAUAGUUCCACAACCUUCCAAAUCUGCAAGUUCAUGAGGCAACUAGUUCAUAUCUCAGAUGUUACAAUGAUCAUCUCUCUUCUGCAACCUGCACCGGAGACAUUCGAGCUUUUCGACGACAUCAUCCUGCUCUCAGAGGGCCACAUUGUCUACCAGGGCCCAAGGGAGAAUGUUCUUGAGUUCUUUGAGUACAUGGGGUUCCAAUGUCCUGAAAGGAAAGGUGUUGCAGACUUUCUACAAGAAGUUACCUCUAAGAAGGACCAAGAACAGUAUUGGAACAGGAGAGAUCAACCUUACAGCUAUGUCUCAGUGGAUGAUUUCUCAAGCGGCUUCAAGUCUUUUCACACAGGACAAGAACUCGCUUCAGAGAUCAGGACUCCUUAUGACAAAUCUAAAACCCAUCCUGCUGCUUUAGUGACACAAAAGUAUGGUAUCUCAAACUGGGAGCUCUUCAAGGCAUGCUUGGAUAGAGAAUGGCUUCUUAUGAAACGAAACUCCUUUGUUUAUGUGUUCAAGACCGUCCAGAUUACAAUCAUGUCCUUGAUCACCAUGACGGUCUAUCUCAGGACAGAGAUGCAUGUAGGCACGGUCCAAGAUGGUCAAAAGUUUUAUGGUGCUCUCUUUUUCAGCUUGAUCAAUGUAAUGUUUAAUGGUAUGGCUGAACUAGCAUUCACAGUGAUGAGGCUCCCUGUUUUCUACAAGCAGAGGGACUUCUUGUUCUAUCCUCCAUGGGCUUUUGCCUUACCAGCUUGGCUUCUAAAGAUUCCAUUGUCUCUUAUUGAGUCAGGAAUAUGGAUUGUUCUUACAUACUACACUGUAGGUUUUGCUCCUGCUGCUUCCAGGUUUUUCCGACAGUUGCUUGCAUACUUCUGUGUGAACCAGAUGGCACUUUCCUUGUUUAGAUUCCUUGGAGCUGUUGGAAGAACAGAAGUUGUCUCCAACUCUGUCGGAACCUUCACAUUGCUCAUUGUUUUUACUCUUGGAGGCUUCAUUAUUGCUAAAGAUGAUAUCCCACCAUGGAUGACUUGGGCUUAUUACAUAUCCCCUAUGAUGUAUGGACAAACUGCUAUUGUUAUGAAUGAGUUUCUUGAUGAGAGAUGGGGAGCUCCCAACACUGAUACCCGCAUAGACGCGAAAACUGUUGGAGAAGUUCUUCUGAAGAGCAGAGGCUUCUUUACAGAACCAUACUGGUUUUGGAUCUGUAUUGUGGCGCUUCUUGGUUUCUCUUUGUUGUUCAAUCUCUUUUACAUCAUAGCCUUGAUGUAUUUGAACCCUCUUGGUGACUCUAAAGCUACAGUUGUGGAAGAAGGGAAAGACAAACAGAAAAGGAACAGCCGUGGAACAGAAGAUUCUCUUGUGGAACUAAGUAACCGUUCAAGUAAUGGGCCAAAGAGAGGAAUGGUUUUACCUUUCCAACCACUGUCUCUUGCAUUUCAAAGUGUGAACUAUUACGUAGACAUGCCUGCAGAAAUGAAGGCUCAAGGGAUUGAAGGAGAUCGUCUCCAGUUACUAAGAGAUGUUGGUGGAGCUUUCAGGCCAGGCAUAUUGACUGCAUUGGUCGGUGUGAGUGGUGCAGGUAAGACAACCUUAAUGGAUGUCUUAGCUGGAAGAAAAACAGGAGGAUACGUGGAAGGGAGUAUUAGCAUAUCUGGCUACACAAAGAACCAAUCAACAUUUGCUAGAGUCUCUGGUUACUGUGAACAGAAUGAUAUCCAUUCACCACAUGUUACAGUUUAUGAAUCCCUCAUCUACUCAGCCUGGCUUCGCCUCUCAGCAGAUAUAGAUACCAAAACAAGAGAGAUGUUUGUUGAAGAAGUGAUGGAGUUGGUGGAGCUAAAACCACUUAGAAACUCUAUAGUUGGACUCCCUGGAGUUGAUGGUCUUUCAACAGAACAGAGGAAGAGGCUUACUAUUGCAGUUGAAUUGGUUGCUAACCCUUCUAUAAUCUUCAUGGACGAGCCUACAUCUGGUCUUGAUGCAAGAGCUGCUGCUAUUGUUAUGCGUACUGUUAGAAACACUGUUGAUACAGGAAGAACUGUUGUUUGUACCAUUCACCAGCCUAGUAUCGACAUUUUUGAAUCUUUUGAUGAGCUUCUGUUGAUGAAACGUGGAGGUCAAGUUAUAUAUGCUGGAAGUUUAGGACAUCACUCACAAAAACUUGUUGAAUACUUUGAGGCUGUUGAAGGGGUUCCAAAGAUCAAGGAUGGAUACAAUCCUGCAACAUGGAUGCUUGAUGUCACUACUCCAUCAAUGGAGUCACAAUUGAGUUUGGACUUUGCUCAAUUAUUCGCCAACUCUUCUCUUUAUCGAUUAAACUUAUCACUCACCUUUCCUGUGAGUCCUUGA